AUGUUUGAGCAGCAGGCGAGGGGUGUUGUUCUUUACCUGAGACGAAUGAUUCAGUACCGAAGAAGCAGGGAGACUUCCACUUGUUGCCGUGGUUACAGAGAUGCCAGGCAGGGUACUGGGCAUGCAGAUGCACAGCGCUUUACGCCACUUCCUGCCUUUGGUUCCUCAGACGGUACACGUUGGUUUCACACCAGGGUUCACCUGGACGUGGACUCGAGUUCCCUUGUUUGGUCCGCACUACCGGACUAUCUGGGGGAACGGACCCGGGCUCGGCUCGUGUUGUUUACAAACCAACAAAUAUGA